UGUGUCUCUAAGAAUCAAUUUAGCCUCCUCUCCUCUCCUAUAUAUACCCGAAUACAUGCACUUAAACAAGCAACAAUUGAUUUCGAAUCCUUAGUUAUAUUUCUUCAUAGAUAUCCCACGGCAGUCCCAAUCAAUGAGGAAUGUGAUCAGACCACCCCCUCCAAAGAGAAAGAGACCACAUUCGGAAAUAUCGUCAAGUACGGUGCAAUCAGGGGCAGAACCUGUUAUUGUCUCUACGUAUGCUGAUAGUUUUGAGCUAAAUCGGAGCAGUUUUCCGGAAGGUUUUGUUUUUGGUACUGGCUCCUCCAAUUACCAGUAUGAAGGUGCUGUAAGUGAAGACGGAAGAGGAAAGGGUACAUGGGAUAUAUUUGCCCAUACACCAGGGAUGGUAAAGGAUGGAAAGAAUGCAGAUGUAGCUAUUGAUCACUAUCAUCGUUAUAAGGAAGAUGUUCAAAUCAUGAAGAAUAUGAAUACAGAUGCAUACAGAUUCUCCAUAUCUUGGCCAAGGAUAGUUCCAACUGGAAAAAUAAGUGACGGUGUAAACCAAGCAGGAAUCAUAUUUUACAAGAACCUGAUCUAUGAGCUACUUGCUAAUGGUCAAAUACCAUAUGUGACCCUUUUUCAUUGGGAUCUUCCCCAGGCCUUACAAGAUGAUUAUGGAGGCUUUGUCAGCGAGAAUAUUAGAAAAGAUUUUAAGGACUUUGUGGAUAUAUGCUUCAAGGAAUUUGGAGACAGUGUAAAGCAUUGGGUUACUUUUAAUGAGCCAUUCUCUUACACUUUGAGUACAUCAGAUUGGUACAAGUCCACACACAACCAACUUCUUGCUCAUGCAGAUGUUUUCGAAUUGUAUAAAACCACAUAUCAGGCUCAAAAUGGUGUAAUAGGCAUUGGAUUAAACUCUCACUGGUUUAAACCAUACUCAACUGACCCAUUAGAUCAAAAAGCCGCUGAAGACGCCCUUGAUUUCAUGUUUGGAUGGUUUAUACAGCCACUGACAACAGGAGAGUAUCCAGCAAGCUUGGUGUCUUAUGUGGGAGAUAAGCUACCAAAGUUCACUGCAGAGCAAUCUAAGAGUCUUAUUGGGUCAUAUGAUUUUAUUGGAAUCAAUUACUACACCAGCAUGUAUGCUGCCAAUGCAACGAAACCAAUUCCUAUACAGUCUCCAUCGGGCGGCGCUGACGGCGUCAAUAGUGUUUUCAAAAUUGUUAAUGUGACUUUAACAGAUAAGAAUAAAGAUGGGACAUACAUUGGAGCAUGGGCUGCAACUUGGUUAUAUGUUUGUCCAAAGGGUAUUCAGGACCUACUGUUGUACACAAAGGAAAAGUAUAACAAUCCUACGAUUAUCAUAACAGAAAAUGGUAUGAAUGAAGUCAAUGAUCCAACGCUAUCACUGGAAGAGGCACUCAUGGAUACUAACAGAAUUGAUUACUUUUAUCGUCAUCUAUAUUAUCUUUUAUCUGCAAUGAGGCAAGGUGUGAAGGUACAAGGAUAUUUUGCAUGGUCCCUUUUGGACAACUUUGAAUGGAAUGACGGAUACACUGUGCGUUUUGGAAUUAACUUUGUUGAUUAUGAGAAUGGUCAUCUUACAAGACACCCUAAGCUCUCUGCCCGGUGGUUUAGGAAGUUUCUUCAACAUAAUAGAAUUAUUGGUUGAUGCAUGUCAUCAUGACCACCAAUAAUACUGUGUGAGCUUGGUCAUUAAUCUUGAAUUUGUUGUUGUUGUUGUUUUGUGUUUUCAAAACAGAAGUGUACUCUAGUCUCUUUUUCAUUUCUUUUCUUGUAUGUCGUCACCAAAACUCUAGUUUCUUCUUCUUCAUCAAUAAAGAGGGGUGAUUUAAGGUCAAUUUUUGAUCCAAAAUCACCUCUGUAUCUCGUUUUUCUCUUUCCUUUCUUAUUAAAAUAAGUGAUUUCCACAUUUAUUUCGUUCUUUUAUUUUGUGAUUUCGUCGUCUUAGUGCGACGUGGGAGUGUUUGUCGUCUUUGUGUGGCGCUGUUUGUCUUUCUUGUUUUGCUCAGGUAUUGGUUCGGUUCAGAUUGUCAUAUUGGUUUCGAUCCAAUGCAAAUUCAAUCAACGACUUUGAUGUCCUCCACGUUGCUGAUCCAGAGACAUAGACAUGGGUAUUCCAGAGACUUUAAUAUAGUCAUGUGUGUAGGCGUUCGUACUUUGUCGUUUUAUGCUAUUAACAUGGAUGAUGUGAGUUUGUUCGCAAAUUCAUCUCGUUGUUUUUAGCAAAUUUGCAUUGUAUUAAUGUACUCUAUCAAUUUCAAUAAAUGAAUAUCAUUUAUUUAUGUCCA